AUGCUUUGUGAAGUAUGCACUGGUGCACUUAGCCAGCACAAAAGAGAAGACAGGACUUCCCGCUUCGGAUAUCUAUUUAGUCAUCAUAGGUCUACAAAGACACUUCAACAAUGGGACACGCAUUGUCUAAUAUGUACCAAAUUGGCCAAGACACUGGGUCCAAUUACAGAUUUCUCUCAAGAUGAGCUUCUAUACAUCCUAAUGGUACUAUACAAGGAAGUAUCCUAUAGCGAGAAGACCGAUCACAGAGAUCACACUAUGCUCAAUAGUCAAAAUCUGAGUGGUCUCACCAAAACAGCGCAGACUUGGAUGAAUAGUUGUAAAUGUGCAAGUUUUUGGGAAGAGCCCGGUGCAAAAUGGUACCCUCGCCGUCUACUGGAUUUGCAGGAGCUUCGCGCCAGCCCUGAUCCACACCAGACAAGAAUACGCCUGAUUGAGUCUAGGGACUUUAUUAUUGGGGAAGAGACAUGUAUUAUGUCUGGUUAUCUUCCAUCUAAGCAUCAAAAUGAUCAUUACGUCACACUGAGCCAUUGUUGGGGCAACCCAAAACUUGGUUCGCUACCACCGCUGAGCAUGACUUUUAAAAACGAAAAGCGCUUCAAAACCGAGGAUGCCGUCGUAUUCGCCGCUGGACUAGACAAGGUCGGCUUCAUAUGGAUCGACUCGCUUUGUAUCCGACAACCUAUCAAAGGGGAUGGUGAAAAUGAGGAGGACCAGCUACAAGACUGGUUCGAACAAACUCGUCAUAUGGGAAAUUUGUACCGGAAGGCUUUUCUGAACAUAUCUGCUACUGCUGCAUACGAUGUAAAAGGAGGGUUGUUUUUCGAACCCUGCCCAGAACUUCUCCGGGAAAACAAUAUUGAUGUGAAUUAUCCGGAAGACCCCGAUACUACACUGGAAAACGGUGUUGAAAAGACGAAUCCCUACGCAAGAUGCUCUUUGAUCGAUCCAUCAGCUUGGGACGACCUCGAGCGAUUGUUAGCACCACGUGUACUCCACUUUGGAUACAACCAGCUCGCCUGGGAAUGUCACAAGUUCAACAGCAGCGAAAGUUACUCCUGGAGUGAGUUAGCAAUGAAACCAUCCAGUACCCCCGGUUUUACCGACAGAAGUUGCCUGAAGCACCUCACAGUCUCUGCGGGGCGCUCAUUCCGCGAAGCAAGAAUAGGCGACUUUCGAGAUCGCGACACGCAAAUCAAAGACAUAUACAUUUACGGAUUGUGGAAGAAAAUAGUUGAAAGCUAUUCAAGAACAAAACUCACAGAGCACAAUGACAAACUCACUGCAUUGGGCGGCAUAGCAAACUUUUUCAUGACGAACUAUUCAGCCCAGACCACAGCCAGACAUAUGUCGCCGGACUAUGGAGUGGCCACAUCGAAAUUCAACUACUAUGGACCCGGACCCUCAUGGUCUUGGGCCUCCAUCACCACUCCACAUGGGAUAGCCUACAACGACAUCACAGACUACGCCUCGCCGGACGACCGAUGCACCAAGUCUCUCUUCUUCAAAGUCAUAUCCCACACCCUCUCUCCCGCCGACCCAAACAACCCCUUCGGCAUCCUAACAUCCGCUCAUAUACUCCUCGCUCCCGACCACCUUCACGCCAUCAAUCUCAUACAGCACCCCAACGGCAGCCCCAUACCCUGUAUGUGGCACCUAAAAUCCAACUCAGAAUCCAGAUCUCAGCACGACAUCCACAGCAUCCAUCUCGAUGCCUCAACUUCCGACACCGACAUCUUUGAUCAGGACGCCCAGCUAUAUUGCAUGUCAGCUGCAUAUAUAACGAGCACAAUACAAAGUGCAGUUCAGGAAUUGUACAUCUUGAUGCUCAAGUAUGAAGACACUGUAGCAUUUGAGUCGAGUGAGCCGGGAAAGGAAAAAGUAGAGUAUAGGGCGUUUCGUCGUGUGGGUAUUACGAAUGUAGCGAAAUUUUACGAUCAAGAACAGGAAAUGUUAAGGGAGGGGGAAACGCAAAAGGUUAUUUGUUUUUGUUGA